GCCCUGAGAAGGACCGCGCUAGGCAGGAAUGGGGUUUCCUAAACCAAGGGGAAGAGCGCUUCAAGAUCGGGAAGGCCAGGGUGGCUUAGGCAUAAAGGAAGUUUGGAAUGGAGUGAGGCCGGGAAGGUGCGAAGGACCUUUUGGCCUCCUGAAAGCUCUUGGUCUUUAAUCUUAAGGCAGUUUUAAGGUGGGCGGGCUCUGGGUGCGGGGACACCACCAGCGUUGCAGAGGGGAGAACUGAUUGCAGAGCUCAUGGUGUAACAGCCUAGUUAGGAGACCGAUGGGAAUCCAAAGGAGAGAUGGAAGAUGUCUUAAACUAGGGUGGUGGCAGUGGAUAUGGAGAGAAGUGGGUGGAUUUAUGGUGUUCGGAGGUAAGACUGAGGAGCCUUGGUGCUGGAUUAGCUGUGAGAGCGCGGGAGAGCAGAAGUGGACAAGACGAGCUGGCUCUGGACGGACUGAGGUGCUGGUCACUGAGAUAGGGAGUUCUGGAAGGAUGGCUGCCCUUUUUCUAAAGAGGUUAACAUUACAAACUAUAAAAACGGAAAAUACUUGCAUUAGAAGAUGUUUGGGUAAAUACGUCGUACAAAAGACGGCGCUGGCGGAGCCAUCCCACAUUGCCUCUGCCCCAAGACCGUCCUGCCUCAUUCACGCAAAAGCUUUUAGUACUGAAGACACCCAGGACAAGAGAGAAAAGAAAAAAAAGAAUGAAACAGCUUUUCGUAACGUUGGAAGAAAAAUUAACGAGCGCAUCAUUCAGGUGCUGGACGAGAAGGGCAACGACCUGGGCCCCAUGCACCGAGCGAACGUGAUCAGGCUCAUGGCCGAGCAGGACCUGCGGCUGGUGCCGAGGGACCCCAGCGCCGAGCCCCCGCGGUACCAGCUCAUGACGGGCACGCAGAUCUACCAGGAGCGGCUCCGGCGCAGAGGGAUGGAGAGGGCCGAGCCCAAGCCUGGACCCACCCUGACAAAGGAACUGACUUUUUCUUCAAAUAUUGGACAACAUGAUUUGGACACAAAGAGUAAACAGAUUCAGCAGUGGAUCGAGAAAAAGUACAAAGUUCAAAUUACAAUAAAGAAAGGGAAGGAUACAGAAGAGCCAGAAAACAGAAUGGAGGAGAUAUGUAAUCAAAUACUCCAGACUAUGCCUGGAAUAGCUACCUUCUCAUCCAGGCCACAGCCCAUCAGAGGGGGAAAGGCUGUGAUGUGUGUGCUUCGUCCCUUGAGCCAAAAGGAAGAGAACGCGUGCAGAUCAGCUCAGGGGACCCAGAGAGGAGACGCUCUGAACAGAGAAAAUGGAAACCACGGAGCAUCCAAUGCUCUGCACCAGUGAUUUUAAUAAAAACGUGCUUCUGAGAGAAAAUAA